AUGGCGAACGAUCCUGUCUUGGGAUUGCCUUCAGAAAGCAUCACAGCACCGGACUCAUUCCUUGCCUUCACGGAUGAUGGCCGCUUUCUCGAUCGCAGCUCAUACACUCUCCUCCAUCGAGGUAGCUCGAUGGGCAAAGACAAGGUUCUUGACAUCAUGCACAAGCUAAUCGGAUAUCAACUCGCCAAUCUUCCAAUUAUGUUCGAGCAAGCGACAGCAUGCGAAUUCCUGCAUCUUUUCCCACAAACAGCUCAUGCAAGCUACGGUAUCUCACAGGAUGAAGGAGGCAUCUUUUUCGUUCCGAAUGAGGACACUCAAAAUAGCCUCACGCAGCUGGUUGGGGGAAACAAUGAACUGGUGUCUAUUGACGCAAGCAACGGUACAGUCUUCUAUAAAAUUGGUGACAGUACCUAUGGAGGCUGGUCUUUACUUUCGAUGAACCACACACAGCAUCCUCGAUUGGUCUACCCCGUCGAUACAUCUAUAUACUUAGACUGGGACGGGUUAGAAAAUCUCCAAUGUACCAGUCAGCUGGACGCGAACGUCGCGAAUAGUUGGGGAGGGGAUAAACGAAAUGACUGGCGUUUAUUUGAUAGUCGAGACUAA